UGUCUCAAUGUGUUUUGGUGUCCAUAUGACCGAUUCUGCUGGACCAAACCUCAAAUGCAAAUAGUGAGUUGAAACCGCUUGUCAGAGAGGAAGCUGUGAUCUCUCAACUUUUUUGAGUGAUACAAUUCUGCAAGGUGGUUGAUUGCAUUGUAGAUUUGUCUUGGAAAUGGACAGUGACAGUGCCAAUGACGUGCAGGCAGAGCUGGACUCUGUGGAGGCAGAGCUGGAGGUGGUGGAGCUGCAGAUAGCUGAGCUGCUGGAGAAGCAGGCUAGCCUGACCUCCAGGAAGAAACGGCUGCUCUGCAAGCUGGAGGAGGCAUGUGACUCCGCCCAGCCCUCUGGAUCCUCCUCAGGCUCUGGAUCUGGACCUGCAAUGACCAAGCAGGAGCUGUUGCGCUAUGAGAAUGAUGAUUUCCCGUGGUCUACAGAGCUGAAGCAGAAUCUGAAGGAUGCGUUCCAGCUCUCUAAGUUUCGUCCUCUCCAGCUGAAGGCCAUCAACCUUAGUAUGUCUAGUAAAGACCUCUUCAUAGUGAUGCCCACUGGACGAGGGAAAAGCCUCUGCUAUCAGCUACCUGCAGUCUGCUCUGAGGGUUUCACUCUGGUCGUAACUCCUCUAGUUUCUCUGAUGGAGGAUCAGCUCAUGUACUUAAAGUCCAUUGACGUUGAAGCCGUCUCUCUCAAUGCAUCCAGCAGUAAGGAACAUGCUAAAAUGGUCCUAGCUGGGAUGACCGACACCAAAGCGCCUUUCAAGCUGCUGUAUGUGACUCCAGAGAAGAUAGCGAAGAGCAAGCUGCUAAUGUCGAGGCUAGAGAAGGCCUACAAUGCAGGCAGGCUUAGCCGUAUUGCUGUGGACGAGGUGCACUGCUGCAGCCAGUGGGGACACGACUUCAGACCUGACUACAAGCUCCUGGGGAUCCUGAAGAGGCAAUUCCCAAAGGUUCCGUUGCUAGGGCUGACGGCCACGGCAACCAGCAGUGUUCUAAAGGACUGUCAGAAAAUCCUGUGUGUCCCUGAGCCAAUCACACUCACCGCCUCCUUCAACCGCACCAACCUCUACUACGAGGUACGCUUUAAAGACUCGAACAGUGAUGAUUCAAUCAGUGACAUCUCAGCACUGAUCAAGGAGAGAUAUAAGGACCAGUCAGGGAUAGUGUACGUGUUUUCCCAGAAGGAUGCAGAGACAGUGUCAGCAGACCUACAGAAGAAAGGCAUCAAUGCAUAUCCAUACCACGCUAACAUGAAUCCAGAGGACAAGUCACAGGUUCACCGCAAAUGGGCCACCAACAAGAUCCAGGUGGUGGUAGCUACUGUGGCGUUUGGGAUGGGGAUCGACAAGCCUGACGUCAGAUUUGUCAUCCAUCACACCAUCAGCAAGUCCAUAGAGAACUACUAUCAGGAGAGCGGCCGAGCAGGCAGAGAUGAUAAGCCGGCUGACUGCAUUGUGUACUUUGGCUUCAACGACAUCUUCAGGAUCAGCACCAUGGUUGUCAUGGAGAAUGUAGGACAACAGAAGCUGCUGACCAUGGUCGACUACUGUCAGAACGUAGACAGGUGUCGGCGCUCAGUGAUCGCUGUUCACUUUGAUGAGGUUUGGGAUGAUGAAGGAUGCAACGAGAUGUGUGAUGUCUGUCGCCAUGGCAAUGACUACAUCACGGUGGACAUCACGCAGCAUGCUAAAGAUGUGGUCCAGAUUGUGGAGCUGGCGGGCUCUCUGGACGAGAAGCUGACCCCCUUGAAGGUGACCGAGGCCUGGAUGGGGAAGGGUCCGGCCAAACGCAGGAAGAUGAUCCAGACCACCACCCUGUCUCGCCUGGAGGUGGAGGCCAUCAUCACAAGCCUACUGCUGCAGGGAUACCUUAGUGAAGACUUCAGUUUCACUCCAUACACCACCUACUUCUACCUGAAGCUGGGUCGUAAGGCCCCACUGUUGAAGAACCAGAGUCACUCCAUCACCAUGAAGAUGAGGAGGACAGGCCUGGACGCCAACACGGUAAAUGUGACCCAGGUAAAGACCAAAGGAGGAAAGAGAUCUGGUGACAAUGCUGCAAACUCCCCUGUCACCAAGUCAAGAAAGACCUCUAGUGCCCCCCUGAAGAGACCAAAGAAAAAGAGGACCAAUUAGCUGCUGGAGCUAAAGAGGUGGUGGUGACCUCCCAGUCCCCUCCUCCCGUUGCCCCCAACGACAGCAGCACUCCCCCUCCCAGACACAACAAACUGAUCAAGAUGGAUAAAGAGCAGCAGAAUCUGGCCGGGAAACAAGACAAGGACCAUGACCAGACAGAAAGACAGACAGGGGAGGACCAGAAUGACCCUGCUGCUGCCCAGCCCACUGCCAUUGAAGUAGACGUAGAGAUCAAUAUUAUAGAGAAAGUUAAUGACAGCGAAUCCCCACUACCGCCAUUAAAACUACAUUCAAAACCUAAAUCAACCACCCCUCAAAAGAAGCGGAGGAAACCCUGUACUGCUGCUCCUGCUGUGGUCCCAGUGCCCUCAAAAGGUGCAGUUACAGACUCUGACCACCAGAGGCCAGCAUUGGUCAACUCUCCCUCCCAGGUCUCUAUCAUCUCCGAGGCUGCAGUGGAGGAGCUCUGUGACCUGAGGAACUAUUACAGCAAACAGCUGAGGCGGAUAAACUACAUUUCCCAUGAGUACUUGCAGAAUCAGGGGUGCUGGCCUGUAUCAGAGAGCCACUAAAGAGCCUGCGCCUCCCCCGUGGCGCAAUCAUCGCCCGGACGGCACGCAACCUGUGGACCAGAGUCGGCUCCAGAAGGAAACUCAUCCAAAGAUGACCCCUUGACCUUCCCUGGGACAGUUGACAUUCAGAUGUGGACACUACUGUACUGUAUCUCUAUUUUUCACGUCCAAUGUUGCCAGACCUAGAGCCUUGGGGCAGACGCGUCUACUUUAUUUUUGUAACUUGAUGUUCUAUUUUUCUGAAAUGGCUUUGACUGAGAGAAUAUCCGCAUCCAAGUUAGUUUGAGAUUUUAAUAUUUUACGGUUGGAUCAAUACCACUGUUAGCCUAAGAUAAAGAAUGAAGAGCUGUUUUUGUUGACAUUUCAAUAUUUUACUUUGGAUAAAGUACCACACAUGAACUGAAGAAUGUUUUCACAAUGUAUUAUUUGUCACUGUUUAAAUUUUUUUUUUUGACAUUUAUAUAUUUUGGUUGAAAAGUU